AUGGUUAAGAGACUAGAAGAACAAAGACGCGAUAUAACCAAGAAGUUGGAAAUUACGACUAAGCAUGCCAACAGCAACAAGAGGAAAGCUGUACAUUUCUGGAAGCUAUGGCGGCAACAGCAAGCUCCACAGAAUAAAAUACGCAGAGAGCCACGUCAAAUUGAAAGGGACAAUUUAAAGAAAUGCAGAUCCACAGAUGAAUUGAUUGGAGAAGGAAGGUUCGGAUGCUGUAAAAAAAUGAUGUAUAGAGGGAGAGUAGUUGCUGUGAAGCAUUUCAAGGACUGCUCAGAUAAGGCUGUUCACAAUGAAGCAGCAACUAUCAGCGAAUUGGAUCAUCCAGGAUUGCCUUUUAUCUUUGGUGUUUGUACAAAACAGCAACCAUUUCUUCUAGUAAUGGAGUAUUAUGGUAUCAAUGGUACUUCAGUGACUAUUGCACGCGCACUCAAAGGAAAAAUGCUGUUUGGCCAACCCGAAUGGACAGACGUGGUACUACAGUGCUCAAAAGCAAUUGCAUACUUACACAGUAAGGGUAAGAUCCAUUGUGAUUUAAAGGCUGAUAACAUUGUUUUGCAAGAUUCUGAUGGCGUAACUCGUCCUGUGAUCAUUGACUUUGGUAAAGUAAAAGAUAUAACUACUGCUAAAACAAAAAAGCUCUCUCUGGUCGAUCAAGAGUUUUAUCGCAAAAGACAUAAACACAUAGCACCAGAAAUAGUAAGGGGUACACACCCUCCCUCUACAGCUAGUGAUGUAUAUGCCUUUGGGUUAAUUAUUUCAUUAAUUUGUCAUUAUUACAAAUUUGAAAACCUCAGACGUAUAGCAGUUCAAUGCAUCCACGGCACACCAGAGAAAAGGCCAAGCAUGGACGCUAUUAUUACCACACUUGAUAACAACAGUGUUUAA